AGUUUUACUUCAUUUUCCUGCCAUUUCGUAAACGUGUGAAGAAUUUCAAAUCAAGUUUAUUCAACGACACGUUGAUAUCAAUUUUCAAAUUUGCGGGUUAUAUUUUCAUUUUUUAAAACGAAUCUUCCCUUCACUUUCCUCAUCAACACACCACCAUGUGCUUUUUCUCUCCUUUCUUUCUGAUUUUUCCAACAAAAUUUGUUCUUAUAUUUUUUUCUUCGCGAUGUCAGAAAUAAUUCGAGCAUCAAGAUUUUGUGAAAAACAUCCCCAGAAAAUUUGAAAAACGAAUGAUGAUCAGUUCAAGGUGACUUGGAUUGAGACCUGAUGUCGGUUCAUGUUUCACGAAAAAAAAAAUACCUGAUCAACGCAACUACGCAAAUCUAUUAUAGCUGCAAAAUUUCAUGUACACGUCAGUACACCUUGCAUUGUGAUCGUCUGUUCAUUAGUCAGCCGUUUCGUUAAAAUUGUGAUAGAUAUGCGGUAAAAGUCCGGUUCUCACUAUUCAUUUAACAAUAGAUUUUUUAUAGUGGUGUUUUCUUCAUAAAGAAUAUUACAUAUUGAUAAAAGUACGUCACAUUUUCAUGGCAAUAAUCUCAAAAAUUUAGCUAUCUGUCUACUCAACGAAUACUCCUGCUUACAUCAGCUAUUUAAGCUCUCGAUUUAUGCAUUUUCUCUAGGCAUCCACAAACCACAUAGCUAUUCUGAGUUUAUGACCCAUUGGCCAUUAGCGGCUAAGUGAUGAAAGUGGCUAUAUUUUUGACUCUGUUGAUGAGCGUGAUUUUCGGUAAAGCUGCUCCUGAAAAAAUUCCAACUGUUAAAUGAUCUUCGAUUAAUACAGAUGAAUUUACGGUAUUUUCUUGUUUCGCAGUUGCUCAAACAGCAUCAGUUUCAAGUUCAGAUGAAGAAAGCAGAACUACUGAAGGAGGCGUACAAAAUGAAGAAAGUAACGUCGAAAAUAAAAUCGAAAGCAUUGGUAAAUGAACAAUUAUUUACUACAAAAGCCCAAGCAUCUACUCAAAUUUCCUCUUUCAUACUUGACCAAUCCUCAAUUUUAGAUGCUGACUCAGAAAUCGAAAAUACUGUAGAAUUCAACUUCACUGAAACUGUCUCAUUGGAUGAUCUAUGGAGUGAAAAUUUCGAGACAGAGUACAUAUCAUUGGAUAUCAGACGUGCACAGCAGCAGAUUACUGAACAAGUUUUGGAAAUCUCAAGGCGUCCUUCCAAGAUAUCUGAAGGCAUCAGAAGCGAAUCGCAAUCUGCUUCAACCACUGACCAAUAUGAAAAAUUUCGUAUCAAAAUUCAACCAUCUGAAAAAAUUCCUCUUCUGGAUAGCGAUUCUCUAGAAAACAGUAAAGAUACCUCACCGCAAUCGGCAGCUUUCACAUCAAACCAGUCACCUACAGAAUUUUCCAACAAUAUUGGUCAAAAAGAAGGAUUAACCGAAUGGUCAAUAUACAGAGAGUACAGAACAACUAUGCAGCCCUCAAAACACGAAAUUCACAGCAGAAAAUACCCUACAGUAGUCGCAGUAUUUGAUGAAAUUACCCAACAAAUUGAUUUUCAGUCUAACAAAUUAACCGAUGUAAUUGAGAAUAAUGAAUUCAAGCCACAAGCAGAAAUCAUCACUUCACCCCAUAUCGAUCAACAAAUCACGCCAAUUCAAACAAUCGACUAUACACUUCCAAGUGUUAUUAAUAAAACUCUCAUUGAUGGUCUUCAAGCCCCUGUUGACCAAACUUGGCAAGGGGCCGACUAUCAGGUACGUUUCAAACGCAAUGCUCCUGAUGGUGACAUUGAAUUGUGGUGGAAAAAGGGUCAAGAUGACAUUUAUCUACAUGCAUUUCCCAAUGGAGCUGUCGACCAGAAUUGGGGUUUUGGAACAGUACACUUGGGUUUGUUCCGGGAUGAAGAUGGAAAUCUGUUACAAGUUUGGGACUUUGGUGAUACUAAAUUGGAAUACAUCAAGGAUGUGAAAUCACCCCCACCUCGUAGAGUUUGGGAAUUUGGCAACAGAGACGAGGCUUCUUAUUGGAAAUAUCGCCAUUUAAUCAAAUUAUGGUGCAAUGCUAAUGAUUUCUUCGUUGGCGAAAACUCUUGCAAUAUUUAUUAAUCUUAUACGUAUCACUUUUGAAGAGGAGACUGCCCUCCACACUAAUUAUAGUUAAACCAAUAUGUAUAGAGGAAUAGAAUGGAAUACCUGAAAGAUAA